AUGACCUCAGUCCCCGGUAUAAUGAGCCAGAUGCCGCCUCUCCCAGUCAAGCCUAACCUAGACCUCGCCUGCCAAGUCCUCUCCCCCUCCCCCUCCUCCUCCCUCAUCCCCAUCUCCAUGCCGCCUGGCCUCCCCGCUACAACCAUCCAUGCUACAGCCGGCCUCCCAGCAGCAACAGGGCCAGCCGCUACACCCAUGCUGAGUGCAGCAGGCUUGCCCGCUACAGCCGGCCCUGCUACAGCCAUGCCAGGCCUCCCCGCUACAGCCAUGGGAGCAGCAGGAAUGGGAGGAAUGGGAGGAAUGGGAGGAAUUGGAGGAAUUGGAGGCAUGGGAACCAUGGGGGGCAUGGGAGGUAUGGGGGGAAUGGGAGGGAUGGGGGGGAUGGGAGGGAUGGGGAGCAUGGGGGGCAUGGGGAGCAUGGGGGGAAUGGGGGGCAUGGGGCCCAUGAGAGGAGCGCCUGGCAUGCCCAUGGCGAUCUCGCUCCCCUCCCUUCCCUCUCCACCCACGUCCCUCCCUUUGUAA